AUGUCUUGUACAACUCGCCCAGCUGCAGCUCCACCAUUUCCGAUGGAGUCGAAGUCACCGCCUUAUCAACGAUCUCCAUGGUCGCCACAGUUUGCGAACGCAGGAAUGCUUGGUUUCCUCGGUGGAGAUCUGGGUUUAAUUGGCUCUUCUGCAGCUGCGAGUGCCCCGAAUCUGCCGCCACCUACUGCAGCGUUACCAGCGAUACCGGCCCAGGUUGUAGCUCCUACCGCUACCGCUUUUGCCCCACAACAAUCGACAGCACGGCGUUCUAUGUCACCCCACCAACAACCAAGAGCAUCCGUUUCUGUCGGAAUGUCGAAGGUCUUACCGACUGGCCAACGGGUUCAUGUUAUGAACUCGGCCGAGUUUGAUGAACUUCGUCGCAAACUGCGGAUGCAAACGGCGUCGCGUCGCUAUCGGAAGCGCAAAAAGCAAGAAGCUCGGCAGCAAAAGACCCAGAUUCUGGAACUGCAGGCGGAGCUAGCACGUCUACAAGAGCUGGAAGCUCAGACGAAGCAAUACCAGCAACGCUCAACCGAGUCGCUGGAGAGAGAGCUCAAAAUUCACAAGGAUGAAGCGGCUGACCUCUCGGAUAAAGUUCAGGCCGCAGCACAGGAGGAACUGGACUGGAUCAAUGCAAUGAAUAACAUCCGAAAGUGA